CAAAGCAGAGCCAACAGGAGUCAAAACAAAGAGGCAAGCCAACACUGAAGGAGAAACACUGCUGAAGAAGCUUCCCAAUCCUUUUUGUCUAACUGAGCACUGCAAGGCUCUUAGUAUAUAUAUUUUUUUGUUACAUUUUGCAGCACUCUACAGCUCAUCAUGAAGUGCUGUGCUUUGGCUGUGUGUUUACUUUUGGGGAUAAGCAUUCAUGAUGGAUGGAGCCUUCCCCUCAAGUCCGUCUUUGUCACCUUCCCAGGAGACAUCAUCAAAAACAUGACUGAUACGGAGCUGGCAGAAGGUUAUCUGAAGAAGUUUGGCUACAUAAACGCGCUGCAGCGCAGUGGCUUCCAGUCGAUGGUGUCCACUUCCAAGGCUUUGAAGAGGCUGCAAAGGCAGAUGGGACUGGAGGAGACCGGAGAGCUGGAUCAGUCCACCCUGGAGACCAUGAAACGGCCUCGCUGUGGCGUUCCUGAUGUGGCCAACUACAAAACAUUUGACGGAGACCUCAAAUGGGACCAUGAAGAUGUCACUUAUAGGAUCCUUAGCUAUACUCCAGACAUGGAUGUCUCUGUGAUCGAUGACGCCUUCGCCAGAGCCUUCAAGGUGUGGAGUGAUGUGACCCCUCUGACCUUCACCCGCCUCUUUGACGGGACGGCUGACAUCAUGAUUUCAUUUGGAAAAACCGACCACGGUGACCCGUACCCAUUUGAUGGUAAGGAUGGUCUUCUGGCUCAUGCGUAUCCCCCUGGUGAGGGUCUGCAGGGUGACGCCCACUUUGACGAUGAUGAGUUCUGGACUCUGGGAACAGGACCAGUUGUGAAGACUCGCUAUGGGAACGCUGAUGGCGCCAUGUGCCACUUCCCCUUCACUUUCGAGGGCAAAUCCUACUCCACCUGUACCACUGAUGGACGUUCAGACAACCUGCCGUGGUGCGCCACCACAGCCGACUACGGCACAGACCAGAAAUUCGGCUUCUGCCCAAGUGAACUUCUGUACACAUUUGGAGGAAACGCAGACGGAGCACAGUGUGUCUUCCCCUUCGUCUUUCUAGGGGACGAAUAUGACAGCUGUACCACAGAGGGCCGCAGUGACGGCUACCGCUGGUGCGCCACCACAAGCAACUUUGACAACGACAAGACAUUUGGAUUCUGUCCCAGUCGCGACACCGCUGUAACUGGUGGAAACGCUGAGGGUGAGCCCUGCCACUUCCCCUUUGAGUUCCUGGGUAAAGAGUACGACUCCUGCACCAGUGAGGGACGAGAAGAUGGCAAAUUGUGGUGCGCUACCACUGACAGCUAUGAUGACGACAAGAAGUGGGGCUUCUGUCCUGACCGUGGUUACAGUCUGUUCCUGGUGGCAGCCCAUGAGUUUGGACAUGCCCUCGGCCUGGAUCACUCCAACAUAAGAGAGGCUCUCAUGUACCCCAUGUACAGCUACGUGGAGGACUUCUCCCUGCAUGAAGAUGACGUUGAAGGCAUUCAGUAUCUCUAUGGACGCAGAACAGGCCCCGAUCCCACCCCCCCUCAGCCCCGCACCACCACCACUACCCCCUACCCAGACCCUGAUGAGACUGACGCCACUGAACCCACCACUACCACCACCCUACGACCUGUGGAUCCGACCCAAGACGCCUGCAAGUUGACCAAAUUCGACACCAUCACUGUGAUUGGGGGAGAGCUGCAUUUCUUUAAGGACGGACAUUACUGGAAGAUGUCCAGCGGGAGCGAAGGAGCGCUCAAGGGACCGUUUUCUGUUUCUGAGACGUGGCCCGCUCUGCCAGCAGUCAUUGACUCUGCCUUUGAGAACCUUCUGAACAGGCAGUUGUACUUCUUCUCAGGGAACCGAUUCUGGGUGUACACAGGGAAGAGUGUUCUGGGUCCCCGCAGCAUCGAGAAGCUCGGCCUCCCGAACACCAUCCAGAAGGUGGAGGGAGCGCUGCAGAGGGGCAAAGGCAAAGUGCUGCUCUUCAGUGGAGAGAACUACUGGAGGCUUGACGUGAAGGCCCAGAAAAUCGACAAAGGGUACCCCAGAUACACAGAUGUCGUCUUUGGUGGCGUCCCCAAUGAUGCUCAUGAUGUGUUCCAGUACAAAGGUCACAUCUACUUCUGCCGGGACCGCUUCUACUGGCGUAUGAACUCCCGCAGGCAGGUGGAUCGCGUUGGCUAUGUGAAAUACGACCUCCUCAAGUGCUCAGAUGCUUCAAGAACUCACUACUGAGCAGAUGAAUAAACAGGGAUGAGCUGGAAAUCGUCUUUAUUGUGGUAGCACCCACAUCUCUCUCCUGUGCGGGUGUCAGGGAGGACGUGAUGCAGUAUUUGUGUAUAGCGCCCGUUGUAUGAUGUGUGUGCUUUCUGGGAUGUGAAUAAUUGGCCAUCAUUGCUGUUGGCUAAUUUCUUUAACAUACAGCAUUGGCCCAAAGGAAAGUGAAGCGUUGCCCUCAGUCUGAUAGGCUAAUCUGUGAAAUGGUUGGUUAUGAUGGUCUAAAAUUUGAGACCCAUAAUAACCACAACAAAAAUAUUCUUAAAAGCAGUCUGGAUUCCAGAUUAGCUGAUUAAUACGAGUCUGACAGGUUCAGACUCUUAACAGUAUUAGAUUAUUUUGGUAUUUAUAGCAUUAUCUAAUAUUAUUAUUUUGUGUCCAAGAGCUUUGUUUUGUAUAAAUAUAUGUGUGUUUUUCUGAAAAUGGCUUCAAAAGCCAAUUACUUGCACUGGAAGACAGACAAUGUAAUGUCUUCUUCACUGAAAUUAUUUAUGAGACUGAUAUGUUUUGUAUUAAAGUUUGUACUUUCAAUGCAAUAAACAUUCUGUGAGGAACACA